GUUAGGGUUUAGUUUGGGCAUUAACUCUGAAUUGUUAAGGUUAGGGUUUAGUUUGGGCAACACCUUGGCAAAACCCAAACCUACUUAAAGGUAACGGCGCUCACUGUUGCCCCUAGAGGCCAGUUUCCACGUCAUCUCCCGACAUCCUCAGACAUGGAUGGACGUUGAAUACUGACUUGUAAUCACCGGUGUCCUGGCUGUGAAUAUAGGCCUAUAUAGUAGGGCCGUUCUCCCACUCCUCCCUCCACUAUCUCCAAAUAUCUCUCCUCUGGGAAAUGAGGUUUUGUUAGCUUGUUAGCUUGUUAGCUUGUGCUGGAAAUGUACAAUGGACCAUUAACAACCAAAUAUAACACGGUUCAUAUGAAAAUUACCUCAAGUAAAUGCACCAUAAAAGAAAAUAUGUGUUUAGAAAGAAAGAAAGAGAUUUAUUCAUAGUAUGAACAGCAUAAUCAUGUUGGAGGGAAUUAUAUUUGGAGUAAAAGUAGAAUAACUAACUCGUUUUAAAACGGUUCCUAAAGUGCAAAGUGAACGUUUCAAGUUCAAUAAUACAACCAUGGUAAUUUUAAUAUAAAAUCUAAUUCAGAUCUAGCGUACUGAGUUUUGGUGAUGAAUAACCUAGAAUCAAUCUCGCAUUCCUUUUCCGCUUUGAAUGACGCCACUGCGUAUCCGACAUUCUCAGUGAUUAGCAAUGAAGCGGUUGAGGAAAAGGAUAUCGGUGUAAUGUACUGCGGCGGCACAGAGUUUAAUCGUUUCAUUUCCGUCUCGGGUUUCCCCAGGAGAAAGUGGCCUACAACUGUCACUAUAUAAACAGUGACAGGGGAAGGGCAACCAUGGCACAUUGAGGACAGACUCCUGCAGCCACCUGGUCUUUUCGUUUAAAAAACACCGUUGGAGGAUGACACGGAUGUUAGUUCUUUGCAUCUGCGGUUGCCUGAGUUUUGUAUGGCUGUCGUCAGCAAAGAGAUGUUUCAAUCAGAGGGGUGUGGAUCGGCGGGCUUCAAGGUUCAUCAUGAGCAUCCACUGCUUUAGGACGGCUGUGUCUGACAGCAUCCACCUGCAACGGCACUGGGACAGACAGAGCUGCCCCAGCUUCAAACUCCACACUGGGUCUCUGUCAUCGGUGCAAUUCAACAACCGCUCUCUCUCCCCCUGGCGGUACAGAAUCGAUGAGAGAGAGGACAGGAUUCCUGCUAAAAUCCUGGUGGCUGAGUGUCUGUAUGAGGGCUGCAUCGUCAACAAGCACGAGGACAAGACAUAUAACUCUGUCCCCGUGCUGGCCACUAUCACCGUGCUCCAGAAGACUGUGUGCCCUGGCAACCCUCGACACUACCUGGUGACAGUAGACUCGGUUACCAUCCCUGUGGCAUGCACAUGUGUUGUACCCAGAAAGAUGAUUUAAUCUCUUGGAUUAGGUUCUGUGUUAUGGACGUGUCCAAAAUGGCACCCUAUUCCCUGUGUAGUGCACUACGAUACAUCCCUGUCCAAAAUGGCACCCUAUUCCCUAUGUAGUGCACUAUGAUACGCACAUGUCCAAAAUGGCACCCUAUUCCCUAUGUAGUGCACUACGUUUGACCAGAGCCCUAUGGGCCUUGGUAUCGCUGCACUAAUUUUUUUUUUUACAUGUUAAACAGUCAGCCUAUAACAAAGAGUCCAAACUGUGCUUAUACACACAGACACAACCUUGGAUUAGAUUCAUUCUUAUAGAGAUGAUUAUAGAAUAAAUAACCAUUUAAGUAGUGAGAUUUCUCACCAAAAAUAAAAAAGAAGUUGUGUUUGUUUUAAAACUCACCUUAGGCCUUCCUGUUGAGAUAUUUUUGUCUUU